AUGCCAGCUAAAUCUAAAGAUGAAGAUCCACAUAUAGAACACGGUGCCCAGACUGUGCUGGAAUCAGCUAUCUAUGCCCAACCUUGGUGGCGUGGAGUGGGGAACAAUUCAUCAUCAGGUGAAAGUGCUCCAGCAUCAUCUUUGGUGGAUCAUCGUGAUAGUAUGGUCAUGAAUGGAGCUAUGCAGUCACAAGCUAAUGGUAGGCUGGAUGGUGGGGCCAACUUCAACAAAGAAUUGCGGACUACAGUAGGAUCACAGUCGGACACGAAAAAUAGAUGCAAAAACCAGCAAAUCAAAAGCGUUUCUUCCUCGGUGGUUCCUACAAUGGGUGAACACCACGAUCCAAAUUCACAAAUGGAACUUGUUGGUCACUCAAUCGUUUUGACAUCAUAUCCUUAUUCGGAUCCACAAUAUGGCGGGAUGUUGACUACUUAUGGGGCACAAGCUAUGCUGCCUCCCCACUUCUAUGGCAUUCAUCAUGGUAGAAUGCCUUUGCCCCUUGAAAUGGAAGAGGAGCCUGUUUAUGUAAAUGCCAAGCAGUACCAUGGCAUUUUGAGACGAAGACAGUCACGUGCUAAAACUGAGCUUGAAAAGAAACUUAUAAAAGCUCGAAAGCCAUAUCUUCACGAGUCUCGGCACCUACAUGCAUUGAGGAGGGCAAGGGGUUGUGGAGGUCGUUUCCUUAAUACAAAGAAACAAGAUGAUAAUGACGAAAAUUCCUCACUUGAAAAAGGCAUGAAUUUGGAUGCAAAUGAUUCAGCCCAAUCUGCCAAAUCUAGUUUUGAGUGCUUUCCCAAUACCAGCAAUGGGACUUUUGAUUCCUCAAAUGUCCAGCAAGAAGGAUCAGAUCCAUGGUUCAGGGCACACAAGAACCACACACUCUCUAGUGAUAAUGGCAAUGGCCAUGGCCCAUCAUCAGCAUACCCUUCCACGUUUGGUGACAGCAAGGAAAGUGUUUUCCUGGGUCAGCAGAGGGAAAACAUGCAGUUGAAUGGGUCCUCUCGUGGGGCCAUCCCCAGUAAAUGA